CCGGAAGGUUUCAGGUUUGAGGCCAAGCUGCCCGAUUGCCACUGAGCAUGGCACACACACACACAUGCUGCUCCCCAGGUUCUUGAGCUGCCCCCUGCUGACUGUGGUGAUGGGUAAAGCACAUUUCAUCCGUGCAGCGCUGGGCUGUACCAUUCACUUUAUUUUUGGUUUGUCUUGUAACUUCCUCAUCUAGGAGGAAGGCUCUGAGAGUUAUUUGUAUAAGACCUGAGAGAAAGUAGGAAGUAAAAAAAAAACCUCAGGGAUAAUUCAACCAGUUCCAGUCAAUGUUUUAUCGAGGUCAUCAUGGCUCUUGACCACAGCGUUCUCCUCCUCAUCGCCAUAAUCACAGGAAGUUACACCAGCAGUAAAGUCACUCAAGUGUCUGUAAAAGUUGGAAGUUCCAUAACGAUCCCGUGUGUGUACAGAGAGGAGUACAGAAACCAUGUGAAAUACUUGUGCCGAGGUUUCCAGUGGUCCUCCUGCACGGAUGUAGUCAAAACAAACAGACCUGAUCAGUCAGGAAAGUUUUCCAUCUUUGAUGACAAAUCACAGAGAGUUUUCAAUAUGACUAUCGGAGAUGUGACAAAACACGACACGGAUUACUGGUGUAUUGUGGAGAAAAGCGGUACUGAUGAUGGAGCAUACUUCCACCUGUCUGUCACUGACGGUACACCUGCUCUUUACGUGGACGAUCAGGAGGUUCAAGGGUUUCUUGGGGGUGAUAUAACCAUCAGGUGUUACCACAGCACCUCCUCUGGUGAGGUGGGGUGGUGCAAGUUAGGAGGGACGUGCGUCAAAGACGGGUGGGGAACCAUAGAUGGAAGACGUGUGAGCGUGAACUCGUCAGUCCCUCGUGUUUUCACCGCUACUCUGUACAACGUGACAAUACAGAGCAGCGGCUGGUAUUUGUGUUUCAAAGGAGACCUACAGAUGCCAGUGUAUGUCAAUGUCACUGACAGACCCAUCACCACCACAUGUUUAUCACCGACGACAACUAUUGAGUCAGGGAAGAUUUCAAGCUCCUCCUGGUACUUGGUGACCCUCCUCAUCCCUCUGGGGUUGCUGGUCUUUGCUGUCAUCGUUGCUGUGAUCGUCUGGUUCAUGUUGAAGAAACACAGCUCAAGCAAUCCCCAAACAUCAGCCAUGGCACAGAGUGAAAAGACAACAUACUGUAAUGUUGGUGUUAGAUUUGAAAAGUCGAAGCAGAGGCCCUCUGAAAGCAGUCAGGAUGUGACGUACAGUUCCGUUGUCAUCAAAAAGCCACAAAAAGCAAAAGAGGUUGAAUUGUCCAAUGAUACCGUUACCUACAGUACAUUGAAAGAAUAUAAAACAUCUUCCUAAGUUUUAUCUGUAUUUAUUGUUUCAAAGUUUACCACAGGUGUGAGUCAAAGUGUGUAAUUCUUAUUUCUCUCUAUGUCUGCUCCUGUAACGGAGUGGUGAAAUAUUCAUAUUCAAUACUUUGAAAAUAAUUAGCCAGUAAAUAUUAAUUUAAUAAUAUUGUUUGUUGUAAUUCUUGGCUUUGGCUGCUUACAUUUUUUUUAUUCCUUGUAUUUAGUAUUUAUUUGUUGUACAAAUAACUGCAUAAAAUAAAGCAACAUUGUCCACCAGUUGUUUAACAAUAUGUAUGUGCCUUUUUUGCAACAUUUUUUCAAUUCUCUAGGUUCAAUGGGAGGUUUUAAUGUUACUUAAUAUACAGAGCCAUAAUGUGUGUUUGCUUUUUAAUGUAAAUCUUGUAGUACUGUAUGUUACCAACCAGUAUUACUUUAUGAGGCAGGUAUUUUUCAAUAUAUAUUUAAUUGUGUUUUAAAUAACACGCAUAGCUACAUAAAUAUAUAUAUAUAAAAGUUCAUUAUCUUCCAUUAGUUAGUUGUGAUAUAUAAUAAUAAUGUUACAUUUAAAUAUUUAUUUUAUUUUAAGUGUCUUUCAAGGUCAAUUGUUGAAAGCCUAUCCCAUACUAUGCUACAUACUACAUUAUUCAAAUACCCAUACAUUUUGUUUUAGUUUAAUAGCCAUUAGUGGCUUCUUCUUGCACUAUACCGUACUUCCAUCAUCACUUCUAUCUACUGCCCUUUGUGACUUCAUUCAUCCGACUAUAUUUGUGAAAUAGUUUUAAAACACGUGAAUUAGUUCUUCUUCUUCUUUUUUUUUAAUGAAGAAACACUACUCAAGCUCGUUUAUUGCGUAAUAUUAUUUUUUUUUAAUUUUUUUUUUAAAGGAAGUUAAUUUUGCUCAGGCAUCUAAGUGGACCUUCCGGGUCCUGAGCCCAGGUUGUGAUAGGUCUGGUUCUGGUGUCGCUGCAGUCUCCUUCAGCUCGCCCUCCAACCGGUGACGCCUGCUCUAGCUGUGCGGUGUUAAGAACAUCCUAAGAAAACUCUCAAGUUCAACACUACCCUCAUCUACUCCUG